ACUCCCACAGUCUGAAAACAAGCAGUCAAUCAGUACAGACCGCGAGGUGGCUUCGCUCUCACAACUCAGUGUUUGGCUUUUGUUGUGCGGCUACAACUGUCUUUCCAUUCAAGAAGACCCUUGAGCAGAAAAGGAGCAGCUCAAACAGACACUGGCUUUAAGGAGUUCUGUUGAAUUUGGUCUAACAGACAUGGAGAUGGAGGAGAGGGAUUGCUCGUUUGCUGGGGAGUAUUUUGUGCAGAGGAAGGUCCUGGAUGAGCUGCGUCUUGAUAAAGUGGCACAAAAGGGGACGUGGUCCUCUAAACCAACCGUGGGUGAACGGGUGAAAGAGUCCCUGAGGUGUUCGGUGCCCCAGCUGAGGCACACAGUGCUGAACUGUGUCCCCGUUCUUGGCUGGCUGCCACACUACUCUUUCAGAGAAAAUGCCAUAGGGGACCUGAUCUCUGGCUGCAGUGUGGGCAUCAUGCAUCUGCCACAGGGCAUGGCAUAUGCUCUUCUGGCUUCCUUACGCCCAGUGUUUGGCCUUUACACCUCCCUCUACCCAGUGCUGGUUUACUUCAUCUUUGGUACUUCCAGACACAUCUCCAUAGGUACGUUUGCUGUGAUCAGCAUCAUGGUUGGGAGUGUGACGGAGAGGCUGGCACCAGACUGUGACUUUAUUGUAAAUGGCACUAAUGGAACAGAAGGUGUGAACAUUGAUGCUCGGGACGCAUACAGAGUACAGAUAGCAUGUUCCUUGACAGUCUUGGCAGGAAUCUUUCAGAUGCUAUUGGGUGUGGUGAGGUUUGGUUUUGUGGUCACCUACCUGUCUGAGCCACUGAUUCGUGGCUACACCACAGGAUCAGCAUGUCAUGUGUGUGUCUCCCAGCUCAAGUACUUGUUUGGAGUCACACCGGCUCGCUUCACUGGUCCUCUCUCCUUCAUUUAUAUUUUGGUGGAUAUUUUCCGGUUACUGCCUGAGACUAAAGUGCCAGAGCUGGUGGUCAGCCUGGUGGCACUCUCUGUUCUCAUUGUGGUCAAAGAAAUCAAUGCCUAUUACAGAAAGAAGCUGCUUCUGCCCAUCCCGAUAGAACUUAUAUUGGUCGUAGCAGCAACAAUCAUCACCCACUUCUGUGGACUUACGAGUAGAUACAGCAUUGAUGUGGUUGGAGAGAUUCCCAGUGGGCUCAAGGCCCCUCGUGCUCCAGAUGUCACAUUGUUCAAACAGAUGAUAGGCGAUGCUUUUGCAUUGGCCAUUGUGGGCUACGCAAUCAACAUUUCCCUGGGCAAAACAUUUGCCCUCAAAUACGGUUACAAGGUGGAUAGCAACCAGGAGCUGAUUGCUUUGGGUCUCAGUAACACUGUUGGCAGCUUUUUUCAAUGUUAUGCUGUGACUUCCUCCCUGUCUCGCAGCCUUGUCCAGGAGAGCACAGGGGGCAGGACACAAGUUGCAGGAGUGAUUUCGUCCAUCAUCAUGCUGAUCACAAUUUUAAAAAUAGGUUCUCUCUUUGAAGAUCUUCCCAAGGCUGUCUUAUCCACAAUAGUGUUUGUGAAUUUGAGAGGAAUGUUCAAGCAGUUCAUGGACGUGCCCAUGCUAUGGAAGACGAACAAGUUUGAUUUGCUGGUGUGGCUGGUAACAUUCAUGAGCACCAUCCUGCUAAACCUGGACCUGGGUCUGGCUGUCUCCAUUGUCUUUUCCAUGCUCACGUUCAUCUCCAGAACACAACUACCCCACUACUCUAUCUUGGGCCACGUGUCAGGCACUGACAUAUAUCUGGACAUAGACACCUACAAGCAGGCUAGAGAGAUUCCAGGAAUUAAAAUCUUCCAUUCAUCUACAACUAUCUACUAUACAAAUGCUGAGUUGUACGUGGAGGCCCUGCAAGAGAAAGUGCGUAGUGGAAUUGAAAUCCGGAAGCUGCUGACGGAAAAGAAGAAACGGGACUCAAAGCUGAAGCGUAAACAAGAGAGAGAGAAAAAGAAAGCUAAAAAGGAGGCAAAGAAACAAAAAAAAGCAGCCAGCCACCUGUCCAACGGCACAUUCUCUUUGAAGGAGUCAGAGAUGAACGAGGGGAAAGUUUUUGCAGGGCUGAAGGGUCAGGAGAAUGGUUUAAGCCUGACAGAAACCUCUAGAGGUAGUAAAGGCCAAGUAAACUGGGCUUACCAACAUGAUGCAGUCAUGUUAGACUCAGACUCAGACACGGGCUGCCACGGUGAGGACAGCAUCACCCAUGUAUCACACGGUGAAGAGGAAAAGGGAAGGGCCUGUGGAUCAGGCACGCACAGCAUCAUUUUGGACAUUUCAACAACCAGCUUUGUGGACACAGUCACUGUGAACACCUUGAAAAAUAUAUUCAGGGACUUUGGAGAGAUUGAUUUGGACAUAUAUCUUGCAGGCUGCCAAGCGUGUGUCGUGGAGCAGCUGGAAACUGCAGGUUUCUUCUCAGAGUCCAUCCCAAAGAGCAGGCUGUUUGUCACCGUUCACGACGCAGUGCUUCAUAUUCUCAACAAACUGGGGCAGACAGACUUUGUACAUGAUGUGUCCUGCAACACUCGGAUGUAACCAGCAGGAGUCAGACUGUUCCAACUCUGGCCAUCUUCAUCCUCCUCUUCUGUUCCAUCGCUCACCAUUGGGCCUCAGUGUCUCCACCCCCUUUCAGUGGGGGAGGAUGCACCACCUUGACAUGGCAGCCGGUUACCAUGGAAAUACAGGGAGCCGUUGCUGUGGCAACAGGCUUUUUAUGAUAUCGUCUAAUGAAAUAGCCAGCAAUACGUCACUGCAGCUCUCCCUCUCCAUGUUGUGUGUGUGUGUGUGAGAGACAGAGGAGGGGCGGGGGUUGAGUGGGAGAAUGUAACACUGGACUAAUAGGAGUCUGUAUUUAUAGCCUGUGCGAGAGAGCAGAGAGUGAGUGAAAGGUUGACUGUAAGGGGAAACUGUGACCAGGCGAGCCACGGUAUGCAAUCUCUAUGUCUAUGUGUCUGUCAAUCUUUAUUCUUGAGCCAUAGCAGUAGGCCCUACUGUUCUUUUUAGAAAAGGAAAUCCAAAUGUCAGACCAUUCCCUCUGGGAGGGGAUCUCAAGCAAACAUUACCACUCAUUUGCUUCAAAGGCCUGCAAGAAUGAGCUGAAUUGCAGAUAUGGCGUAAUAGGUGUUACGUUUAAAAAGAGCAGCAGCUUCUAAAAACAACGUGGGCGUAUUUACAGUCAGUAUUAACACGUCUGAUACCUCUGACGUCUCAAGCUCCCCUCUAUUUUCAGGAUCCAGUGUCAUGUUAACAUUUGCUAUCAUGACCGUCAGUAGCUAAACUGUAUUGUAAUAUAGGUUAUAUGUUCCCUAUGUAUUGAAUUAAUUUGGAUAGCCUACCCAAAGAUAAUUGUUCCCAGCUAUAAAACGUGUUUUUUUUAACUCACAAAUGUAUGUGGGAAAUGGCUAUUUGAACACAGAAUGUUUAAGUGUUGAGUGUUUCUCAGGCGACCCUUAGUGGGUUGAUGAUCAACACACUGAUACGUGCCUCAGGGAUCGUGGAAUUAUUGGUUUCUUGGAUUAACCACACCAGAGCAAACAAUGUCAAGUGUUGUAUAUUACAGAACACAUAUUUCCUUAUGAGUGCUUAUCACUCACCCUGUUCUACCUGACUAUCUUUCAGUUGUCUGUGAAAUGUUUUACUAUCUUGUGAGUUUAUUUUUUAUACAGGAAUGAAGUUGUAACAUAUUUCAGGAGACUGAACCAGAAUACUUAUUUGUAAAUUUCUGGGGGUGUUUUAUGAACAACGUAUGAAUGACACCAUGUAAUUAAAAACAAAACCACACUGUC